CCUGGUACUAAUUUUAGAAGACUUUCAGGGGUCUGCUCAGUGCACGAAUCGAGAGACGCGAUCACACAUCGCCAAGUUGAAGUUUCGGGGGCUGCACCAACACAUUGCUUCCUGCGCUGCAGGCUCAGAGCUAGACACAGAUAGUCCGGCUCCUGGUUGCUGAGUAGGAUUGUCAGUGAGCGAGUGAAGAUGGUCUCUCCUUCAUAGCACUAUCCCAUCCCACGUCUUCAUCCCCUCGAGUCUGGUUCGGUCAUCAUUCCCCCAUUUUGGUCUCUUCGACUAGCCCGGACAUUAACUCAAGAUGUUGCGCCAGCUCCGAGCGUGGUAUCGCAACCCAUCUCGCAGCCUCACUUCAAUCAUGUCCAGCCUCAUGAGAUCGCCAAAGCCGCAACAGCGACUCUCAUGGCAACGGCACUUCUUCUCACAGCCCAGGAUACCGCGCCAUAACCCACGGACCAAUCAACAUCGCUAUCAUGGAAGCAAGCCAAAGCAACUGCAUGCUCGCGUUUUUAGCACCUACUGCACUAUCUAUGUGUCUAUUAUGGCUCUGGUAAUUGACGACCGGUUGGACUGGAGGCAGAGGCGGGGCAUUGGCAUCCAUGUAAUCCAGGACGUCAUAGGGGAGGAAGACCCGGAAGAAAUGAGGCGCAAGUUUUAUGAGCUGGGGCUCACAGUAUUCCACUCAUUUGUUAAGUCAGAUAUCUCGGAAUAUUUGGACAUUGGGUUCGGAAAUAAUUCAGCGGCCUCUGCCAAGCUUUAUUCAGCUCCCGACCCCGAAGUUGAAGGAGGCACGUUCCUGCUUUAUCUCGUCGCGCUUGAUAGCUCAUCAGAGCAUACUCACAUUGUUGAGAGCGGCAAUCGGGUUACGGAUAUUGCAGAAGACUUGAUACCCAAUGUCGAGAAAGUAGCGAGCGUGCUCGCAGAGUCUGGAAGAGUACGAGGGGCUAUGGUCUUGUUAGAGGAGGAUGGCAGCUGGAAGAGUAUAUACUGGGACGGUAAGAGGUGGAUAAACGUUGUUUUUCUUGAGUGGCAGACUCCAGAAUCAAUGGCAUUUAUAUGGGAAUAAGCCCUCUUGAUGAUUCGCAGAUCCUGGCCACGGGCAUUGUACGAAACGCACAGAAGGAUGGUGACGUCUCCAGAGACAUCGGUAGCCAUGAAGGACGACGAUUUUUGUUGGAAAGGGUGUUGGGGGAUUCGAGCAGUUGGUUGACUUGGUUCACAUUAAUCGUGUACUGGGAUGCAAAUCAAAAUCUGGAGGCUUGCGAAAACAGACACUUAUGUAUUGAUCCUGGUGAUCAUUAUUCCCUAUAGGCAAUGUGCACACAGCUAAUGUUGUGUAAUAUUGCCAUAUAUAAUAAAGGCUAAUGGAAGAGUGUGUUGCUUUAUCAUAACUCUCAGAUUACUGCUCUAAACUCAACUAACCACAGUCAAAG